AUGAACAGCGAGCAAGAACGUGCUGAAUUUGUAUUCAAAUCUUCGAAGGUUUCUGAUGUUCCUACCAAUGUUAAUUCAACUCUAUCUCAAGCAGUAGAUAACUCUGGUGUAGACAAUGUGUCUUCUGACGGGGAAAUUGAUCAAUUACUUGAAUUGCUUAAACAACGAAAUGUCUUGAUUUCACAAUUAAGGACCAAAUGUUCAUUUUUGGAAGAAGAGGUCAAAAAUAGUCAAGAAUAUUCCAAAACUUUAUUAGAAGAAUUAAAUGCUCUGCAUGAUUCAAUUUCACAAAUUCGUCGUCAAUCACAAUCAGAACGCCAGAGGACUAUUGGAGAAUUUGAACAAAAAUUAAAGAAAGAAGAAAUGCUUCGAAUCACUUUAGAAAAUGAUUUAAAAUUAAUUAAUGGAAGGGAAAUGGUUGCAAUUAAAAAUCUAAAGGAAUUGAAGAUUGAAUGUGAACGCUUGGAAAGUGAAUUAGAAGAGGCGAAAAGAAAGAUUUCAUUAUUUGACGAGAAAAAACUUACAACAUCCGCCAAUUCGCCUCCUUUGCCUCAACAUUUUAUUCAAAAACAACAACGAAAAACUUCAAUUUCGAUCCAAAAGAAGAAUAUUAAUCAACAGCAAAAACAAUUUCCAAAACCUUUAAACUUAACAACAAAAAUUCCAUCAGACUUUUUACAAAAUCAACAAUCAAGUUUUGAUGAUGAGUUUAUUGAUAGAAAUGCUGUUAUAGGUGAUGAAGAUAAUGCCACAAUGAAUAGUGAAAGUUUAACUGAUUCUCUUGAUGAUUUACAGUCAAUGUUGAGAGCAGCAGAAAUUGAGCCAAACAGUGAAAUUCCUUCAUUUAAUGUAUCUGAACUACCUUCGGAUGCCUUGUCAUUAAAUGGCGGUUUACAACGAGUAUAUUAUAGCCAUGAAGAAUAUAAUUUAAUUAUUCAACAGCUUAAUUCUUGUAGGGAACUUUUGAGUGAAUCGGAAGAGAUUAAUGUCCGAUUAAAUGAACAAAAUAAUCUUCUCAAGGAAGAAAUUCGUCGUUUAGAGAGAAAUCAACAUAGAGCAAAACAAUUAGAAAAUGAAGUUUGUUCAGAAUAUUUUAAAAAUAUUGUACUCAAAUUUCUGACGCCACCUCGAGUUUUUGAUGAACGUGCACAAUUACUGCCUGUUUUGCAAACAAUUUUACACUUGGAUGAACGAGAGAUGGAAAUGGUUAGAAUGAAUAUAACAGCUCAAGCUCCACAAGGAAAUCAAGAUCAAAAGGGCGAAGGUUCUAGCUUUGCGGGUUGGUUGGGAUGGAGUUAA